AUGGUAGAAAUCCCAGACAGAGCACUGAAGGGAGAUGAGAAUCAAGCUGAGCUGUAUGAAGAUGACGAAACUGAGCGCAACACCGUUCCCCUCACGGCCCUCGCCAGCUUCUUCUCUGAUGAUGACUCCCUCAAAAAGCAGAAGAAGAAAAAGCCCAAAAAGAUAAAAGAGGGGAAAAUACCGAAAGUUAAGAAGAGGAAAAAAGAGGGAGGAAUACAGCCAAGACUUGACAGUGACCUCGAGGAGAUUUCAGAGGUAGAGGAGGAACGCGAACGGCCAGAAAUUGGCUCAGAGAGCGAAAGCAGCGCAUAUGGCCCCACCAAAAAAAAAAAGAAAAAACCCAGGGAGAAAAAAGAAAGAAAGCCCAGGAAGAAGAAGAGAGAUGAGGAUGACGAUGAGGAUGACGAUGAUGAUGGUAACAUGAAAGAACCCAAAUCCUCCAGCCAGCUGAUGCAAGAAUGGGGUCUUGAGGAUGUUCAGUAUGGGUUCACGGAGGACGACUACAAAACAAUCACCAAUUACAAGGCUUUCAGCCAGUUCCUCAGGCCCCUCAUUGCCAAGAAGAAUCCGAAGAUACCCAUGUCAAAGAUGAUGACAGUGUUGGGAGCCAAGUGGCGUGAGUUCAGUGCCAACAACCCGUUCAAAGGGGCAUCUGCCACCGCUGUGGCCGCUGCGGUGGCCGCCGCGGUGGAAACGGUUACUGUAGCUCAGCCAACAUCUGUCAGCAGCAUCCAGCUGAGCUCUCAGCAGGGCACGUUAAAAAAAGCCAAAACCAAAGAAGGAAAAGGGCCAGGAGUUAGAAAGAAAAGCAAGACCUUAAAAGAAGUGAAGAAGAAACCCAAGCCGAAGAAGACCAAAUCAAAAACUGGUCAAAGCGGGAAGAAGAAGAAAGCAUCCUCUAGCGAGGAGGACUUUCUGGAGGAGUCAGACUUUGAUGACAUCAGUAUCCACAGUGCCUCUGUGCUUUCUGAUACCUCUGGGGCCACCAAGAAAAAGGCCCGACGUGGGCGGAAAAAAAGGAAAAAGGAGGACGGCGAUGGCUAUGAGACUGACCACCAGGACUACUGUGAGGUUUGCCAGCAGGGAGGAGAAAUUAUCCUCUGUGACACUUGUCCAAGAGCCUACCACCUUGUCUGUCUGGACCCCGAGCUGGAAAAGGCGCCUGAGGGAAAAUGGAGCUGUCCACACUGUGAGAAGGAGGGAAUCCAAUGGGAGGCCAAAGACGAAGAGGAGGAGGAGGAGGAGCCAGCAGGUGAGGAAGAGGAUGACCAUAUGGAGUUCUGCAGAGUUUGCAAGGAUGGAGGGGAACUUCUGUGUUGUGACACCUGUCCAUCAUCCUACCACAUCCAUUGCCUCAAUCCACCUCUACCUGAGAUCCCAAACGGGGAGUGGUUGUGUCCUCGCUGCAUGUGCCCUCCUCUCAAAGGUAAAGUGCAGAAGAUUCUCCACUGGCUGUGGGGAGAACCGCCGCUGCCAGCUGAGCCACCCGCAGGCCCUGAUGGCAAUCCAAUUGAUCCACUGACCAAGCCUCCACUCAAGGGGCGCCCAGAGAGGGAAUUCUUUGUAAAGUGGGCUGGCCUUUCAUACUGGCACUGUUCCUGGGUCAGCGAACUGCAGUUAGAGCUGUACCACACAGUCAUGUAUCGGAACUACCAGCGGAAGAACGACAUGGACGAGCCCCCGCCAUACGAUUACGGCUCAGGAGAGGAGGAGCUCAACAAUGAGAAGAGGAAGAGCAAAGACCCCCAGUACGCUGCAAUGGAGGAGCGCUUUUACCGCUACGGCAUUAAACCAGAGUGGAUGGUUAUCCACCGGAUACUCAACCACAGUUUUGAUAAUGACGGUGAUGUGCAUUACCUAAUCAAGUGGAGAGACUUACCUUAUGAUCAAUGCACUUGGGAGGCAGAUGAUUUUGACGUCCCAGAGUAUGAGAUCCACAAAGCUUUUUACUGGGACCACAGAGAGCAAAUUUUAGGAGAGGACCAACGCCCUCUUGUGGUAAGAAAAGGGAAGAAACUAAAAGAGAACUAUCCAAAAAGGGAAAUCCCUCCUGAUGCCCCCAUCAUAGAUCCAACCAUCAAAUUUGAGCACCAGCCCUGGUAUAUUAAUGCCACAGGGGGAACGCUGCACCCAUACCAGCUGGAAGGUCUGAAUUGGUUACGAUUUUCCUGGGCUCAGGGAACAGAUACCAUCCUGGCAGAUGAAAUGGGCCUCGGAAAAACGGUUCAGACAAUAGUCUUUCUCUACUCACUGUAUAAGGAGGGCCAUUCCAAGGGGCCUUUCUUGGUGAGUGCACCUCUGUCUACUAUCAUCAAUUGGGAGAGAGAAUUUGAGAUGUGGGCUCCAGAUUUCUACGUGGUGACUUACACCGGAGACAAAGACAGCAGGGCAAUUAUCAGAGAGAAUGAAUUCACCUUGGAGGACAGCGCAAUAAAAUCUGGACGCAAGGUGUUCCGGAUGAAGAAAGACUCUCCCAUCAAGUUUCAUGUGCUGCUGACAUCUUACGAGCUGAUCACUAUAGAUCAAGCCAUUCUUGGCUCCGUCACCUGGGCCUGCUUGGUGGUAGACGAGGCUCACAGACUGAAGAACAACCAAUCAAAGUUUUUCAGGAUUCUUAACGGGUAUAAGAUCUACUACAAGCUGCUGCUCACUGGUACUCCUCUGCAGAACAACCUGGAGGAGCUUUUCCAUCUACUUAACUUCCUCACCCCAGACCGCUUCAACAACCUGGACGGCUUCCUUGAGGAGUUUGCAGAUAUCUCUAAAGAGGACCAGAUCAAGAAGCUCCAUGACCUCCUCGGACCUCACAUGCUCAGGCGGCUGAAAGCUGACGUCUUCAAGAACAUGCCGGCGAAGACGGAGCUCAUUGUCAGAGUGGAGCUCAGUCCCAUGCAGAAGAAAUAUUACAAGUUUAUUUUGACGCGGAAUUUUGAGGCUCUGAACUCCAAAGGGGGAGGAAACCAGGUGUCCCUGCUCAACAUUAUGAUGGACCUGAAGAAAUGCUGUAACCACCCCUACCUGUUCCCUGUUGCUGCUGUGGAGGCUCCUGUUUUGCCUAAUGGUUCUUAUGAUGGCAACCUGCUGGUGAAGUCCUCAGGAAAACUAACCCUGCUUCAAAAAAUGCUGAAGAAACUCAAAGAUGAAGGACACAGAGUUCUUAUUUUCUCUCAGAUGACAAAGAUGUUGGAUCUGCUUGAGGAUUUCCUGGAGUUUGAAGGCUAUAAAUAUGAACGUAUUGAUGGGGGGAUUACUGGAGGCUUACGGCAGGAAGCAAUUGAUCGUUUCAAUGCUCCAGGGGCACAGCAGUUCUGCUUUUUGCUUUCAACGCGAGCCGGAGGUCUCGGCAUCAAUUUGGCUAGUGCAGACACCGUCAUCAUCUAUGACUCUGACUGGAAUCCACACAAUGACAUCCAAGCUUUUAGCAGAGCCCACCGAAUUGGCCAAAACAAGAAGGUGAUGAUCUAUCGUUUUGUGACUCGGGGAUCUGUGGAGGAGAGAAUCACUCAGGUGGCAAAGAGAAAAAUGAUGUUGACUCACCUGGUGGUGAGGCCCGGCCUGGGCUCCAAAACCGGUUCCAUGUCCAAACAAGAACUGGACGACAUCCUCAAGUUUGGAACUGAGGAGCUCUUUAAGGAUGAGAUGGAAGCAGCACGAGCCAUGGGAGAUAACAAAGAUGGUGAGGAGGGCAACGUCAUUCACUACGAUGACGAUGCCAUUUCAAAGCUGCUGGACCGCAGCCAAGACGCCACCGAGGACACAGAGAUACAGAACAUGAACGAGUACCUGAGCUCGUUCAAGGUGGCGCAGUAUGUGGUGAAAGAAGAAGAUGAAGAGGAGGAGGUAGAGCGAGAAAUCAUCAAGCAAGAGGAGAAUGUGGACCCAGACUAUUGGGAAAAGCUCCUCCGCCAUCACUAUGAGCAGCAGCAGGAGGACCUGGCCCGAAAUCUGGGAAAAGGCAAACGCAUUCGGAAGCAGGUCAACUACAACGACGCCACUCAGGAGGACCAAGAAUGGCAGGAUGAUCUUUCAGACAAUCAAUCGGAGUAUUCCGUGGGGUCCGAAGAUGAGGACGAAGAUUUUGAAGAGAGGCCCGAAGGUGGACGCAGGCAGUCUCGUCGACAGCUUAAGAAUGAGAAAGACAAACCUCUGCCCCCCUUACUGGCACGUGUUGGAGGCAGCAUAGAGGUCCUUGGGUUCAACACUCGCCAGAGGAAAGCUUUCCUCAAUGCCAUCAUGCGCUGGGGCAUGCCACCUCAGGAUGCUUUCAACUCGCACUGGCUGGUCCGGGACCUUAGAGGGAAGAGUGAGCGCGAGUUUAGGGCCUAUGUGUCUCUGUUUAUGAGACAUUUAUGUGAGCCAGGUGCAGACGGAGCGGAGACCUUUGCGGAUGGAGUCCCCCGUGAGGGCCUGUCUCGACAGCAUGUUCUCACCAGGAUCGGAGUCAUGUCGCUUGUCAGGAAAAAGGUGCAGGAGUUUGAACAUGUAAAUGGGAAGCUGAGCUCUCCAGAUCUGAUUCCCAUUGGAAUGGAGCUGAAGAAACUGACUGAAAGUGUGUCUUCAGAUCCCAACACUCCGGUGCCAGCCAGCCCUGUUGCUACACAGCCCAGCACCCCCGUCCCACCAGAGAAGGCCGAGUCUUUGGUACGAAACGCUGAAGAUAAGGAGACUACAGAGACAGAUGGAAAGAAACAAUCUGAGCAGGAACAAGCUCCCAGUGCAGAGCUAGCAUCUGUACCCGAGAAGGCUGCUGACAGUGACGAGACGAAGGCAACCUCAGAAGAGACAACAGGAGAUGAGAGAAACAGAACCAAAUCCCCCAUGACAAAGGCCGAGCCACCUGCCUACCCAAAAGAGUCUGCUUUCAAGCCGGCAGAGCUGCCAUCUAGUCAUACCUCACCUAAGACGGACCCCUGCAAAGAAGCUGAGAAGUCCUCUGAAAAAGGAGAGGCUGGUUCUCCUCGGGAAAAAACCGAAGACAAAGAAAAUAAGCCAGACGAUGUGAAGAGUGAAGAUGCAUUAGAGGGUCGAUUGAACGGAGACAAAGACACUCUGGAUGAGCUGGAUGAGAGCAGAAGAGAAGACAAAAAUGGAUUCAAAGCCAAGUUCAUGUUUAAUAUCGCAGAUGGAGGUUUUACGGAGUUGCACACCCUGUGGCAAACCGAGGAGCGAGCGGCUCUUUCGUCUGGAAAAAUGCAUGACAUCUGGCAUCGUCGCCAUGACUACUGGCUGCUUGCUGGCAUCGUAACACACGGCUAUGCUCGCUGGCAAGACAUUCAGAAUGACCCCCGUUAUGCUAUUCUGAAUGAGCCAUUCAAAACAGAGAUGCACAAGGGGAACUACUUGGAGAUGAAGAACAAGUUCCUGGCGCGGCGCUUUAAGUUGUUGGAACAGGCAUUGGUGAUUGAGGAGCAGUUGCGACGGGCAGCUUACCUCAACAUGACCCAGGACCCCAGUCACUCUGCCAUGGCUCUCAACACGCGCUUUGCUGAGGUGGAAUGUUUGGCCGAGUCCCACCAGCACCUCUCCAAAGAGUCUCUGGCUGGGAACAAGCCUGCCAAUGCUGUGCUUCACAAAGGUGUGUGGACCCGCUCCAAACCAAAAGCAACACUGUUGACUCAGGAGCUCUUUUUUUUAAAUUAUGGAAAACUGAUAAGAAAGUAGCCCUGCAACAGACUGGUGACCUGUCCA